AUGGAAAUAAGAAACCAAACAAGAGUUGAAAGCUUUUUCCUUCUUGGAUUUGCAGAGGAAAUGGACCUGAAGCCCCUCCUUCUUGGGCUAUUCCUGUCCAUGUACCUGGUAACCUUCACUGGAAAUCUGCUUAUUAUCCUGGCCAUCAUUUCAGACUCCUGUCUCCACACUCCAAUGUACUUCUUCCUCUCCAAUCUGUCAUUUGCUGACAUCUGUUUCACUUCCACCACCAUACCAAAGAUGCUGCUGAACAUGCAGACACAGAACAAAGCUAUCACCUAUGCCGGCUGCCUCACCCAAAUUUUUUUUUUCAUUGCUUUUGGAUGCCUGGACAAUUUACUCCUGACUUCAAUGGCCUAUGAUCGAUUUGUGGCUAUCUGCCACCCCCUGCACUACACAGUCAUCAUGAACCCCCAGCUCUGUGGACUGCUAGCUCUGGGGUCCUGGUGCCUCAGUGUCAUAGGCUCCCUGCUGGAGACUUUGACAACUUUGAGGCUGUCCUUCUGCACACCGAUGGACAUUCCCCAUUUUUUUUGUGAUCUUCCUGAAGUCCUGAAGCUCGCCUGUUCUAACACCCUCAUCAACAACAUAGUAGUGUACUUUGUGACUAUUGUCCUGGCUGUUUUUCCUUUCUCUGGGAUCAUCUUCUCUUAUUCUCAGAUUGUCUCUUCCAUACUGAGAAUGUCAUCAGCUGGGAACAAGUACAAAGCCUUUUCAACCUGUGGUUCUCAUCUCUCAGUUGUCUCCUUGUUUUAUGGCACAGGACUUGGGGUCUACCUCAGCUCUGCAGUCACAUCAUUCUCUAGGACAAGUCUGAUAGCCUCAGUAAUGUACACCAUGGUAACACCCAUGCUGAACCCCUUCAUCUACAGUCUGAGGAACAGGGAUAUAAAGAGGGCCCUGGGGAUACUCCUCAACAAGACAGUCACCUCUCAGUGA